AUGGAAAAAUUUCGAAUUUGCCCAUCUGGAACUUAUCAUGACCCAUUGAAAGAUCGAUGUCGUUUGGUGCCGGGUGGUGGAAAUCUUAUCAAAUUUAAUCUAGAUGCAAAAUGUUCACGUGGUUUUAUUGGUCUACUUGCACAUUCACGAAAUUCUCGCUAUUAUUACGUUUGUCAACGAAAUGCAGUUCUGACUUGUAAAUGUAAAACAAAGGAACGAUUUAAUCGUAUGAAUUUACGUUGUGAAAGGAAAGGAAGACGACGCUCAUCUAAAGAACGACAUUCACAUGCCAUUGUUGAGAAUAUUCUUGAAAAAUACAAAUGUAUAGAGAACUCAGGAAUCUCUCAAGGAAGUUCACAAUAUUCACAGAGUUUUGAAGAGCCAAUAACAUUUCGUUCAGUGGAAAUGGAAAAGAACGAACAAUUUGAUCUUUUCCAUAAUCUUCUUAAAGAAAUUCAAAGAAAGCAACAAGAACUUAAAAGUACCGAAGAAUCUCAAAAUUCUAGUGAUCAACAAAACAUAAUUCAAAAAAAUAGAAAUAAGGAAAGUUUGGAACAACAAAAACAAACGUUCACCAAACUUGACGAGUCAACAUCAAGCACGAUUGAAAUUAAUUCCCAAAGAUUGACAGAAAAAGUAGAAACCUCAUCAAAAUUUUCAACUCCUAGACUAUGGUCAACUUUUUUUGUUUCUCCAACUUCAAAACCUUUGAUAGAAUCAGAACUUAUUGAUCCCCGCAAACUUCAAGUUUCUACAACCGAAAAAUCUUUCACUGUUAUUGAAUCAAUUGAAGCUCAGAGAACUAAUAAACAGACUGUCAAUCCUGUAGAUGAAACAAGUCAAAUGUUUGGAAAAUCUCUCGCACCAAUUACAUUUGAAAACAAUGCUAAUGAGUUAGCUGAAUCGAUGGGUCGAAGUGAAAAGGAAACUGAAAAGGAAACUUUAAAAUCAACGCUGAAACCUGAAUCGGUUGAUCGCGUUUUGGAUGAAUUUGUGAAAAGAAACUUAACAAUUACUAGUAUAAAAGGAAAAAGGCCAGAUCGAUUUAAUAAGAACAAUACAUUUGAUUAUGAUUUUGAAGAUGAAUUCGCCAAAACUGAACAGAGAAAGAAAUUUGUUGAAUACUAUGAAUUGAUUGAAUAUUAUUACGAGGAUGAGCCAAACGUCACGUUAUGGACAAAAGAAGGCGAAACAACAAUAAUUGUUGAAUUUGAUGAAACAACAUUACCAACAACAGUUGAAUCUUUGCAAGCGACAGGAAAUGAAUCCAAUGAAUUAGCAAUUGAAAUAACAACUGAAAUUUCAGAAAAUAAUUUUGCUGACAUAGACUCAAGUGCAAGUGAGAGUAAAACUGUAGAAAUCUUUGACGAACAUCCCCAAUUUGUGCAUCAAAGAUCUGAAAGUUUAGUGACUUUGAAAUCUGUUAAUGGAAAUGCUGCAAUUGAAUUAACAACGGAAGCUUCAACAGACAAGACGACAAGUGAUUAUUCUGAAGAUGUUCAAUCAACGAUAAUUGACUCAACAACAUCAGGAAUUACCCUUGAUACUACAACAUUUGAAACAACCGACACAAUUUCAACAACAUUUGAAACUUCUACAAGUCUCUCUGAUAGUAAUUUUGAGAGAUUGAUUAUUACAAAUCUCCCUUCUACACUAUUAGAAACAACGACUGAGGAUAUUGACAAAACUAAAGAAAUGACUACAACUACCGAAAGCUAUGACACAACAACGAUAGAAGUAACGACACAUCAGAACCAAUUACUGAAUUAUAAAUCUGAUAAAUUUUUAAGAAACUUUGAUAAGAGAAAAAAUAAUGAAGUGGUUGAUAUUACAUCAACUACAGAUGUCAUUUCUACCAAAAUCACUGAAGCUAAUAUUGAAGUUUCAACUACAGAUUUGCCGCAAUCAACGAUCAUUGAAUCAACAACGGAAAAGUUUGAUGCAUCAACAAUGGAAACGUUUUAUGAAUCAACGACGGAAAAGUUUGAUGGAUCAACAACGGAAAGAUUUUAUGAAUCUACAACUGAAAAUUUUGAUGAAUCAACUUUGGAAACUUCAAUUAUGACUUUGUCUCCUGAUACAAAAACUACACCGGUUGAUGAAGUUAUAGAUGUUUUGAAAGGAAAAGGAUUAGAAUCAACCACCGACAAAUACAAUUCUGAUGAAACUACAACAACCAACAACGAAGCUGCAUCAAUUCCUACUACUGAAAGUACUAGUCUUGAUCUUGAUACCACAGAAUUAACAACUGAAGUUUAUUCGACAACAUUGAAUAAAGAAUUUGUAGAACCGUCCUUUACUGUUAUUCCUUCAGUAGUUAAAGGGAGAAACGAUUUUCAUUCAGAUUACCAAGAACAAGAAGUUGAUUUUAAAGAAAUUUCAACUACAACGGAAUCAGAAAUAAGCACAACUGUUACUGAAACAACAACUGACAAUGGCUCAACAAUUGAUGUUAAUGAUUAUUCAACUGAAUCAGAAAUAAGCACAACUUUAACUGAAACAACAACUGACAAUGGUUCGACCAUUGUUAACGAUUACGACCAAUCAACAGUUAAUAAUGAAGACAGUGAAACUUUUGCUACGCUUUCAUCUGAAUCGACAACUGACAGUUAUACCAGUACUAUGAUAACCAUCGAUGAAACUUAUGAGAAGGCAGAAGAUUUGUAUACGAUCAAUAACAACGAUUUCCCGUUGAUAACUUCCACCUCAAGUGCAACUGAAAAUGAUAUUGAAACAUCAACUUUAACCCAGAAUGUAGAGACAACCACUUUAACUCAGGAAAUAGAAACAACAACAAAUUCUUCUCCACUACAGACGUUACUAGGAAGAUCGGAAGAUUUUAAUGAGAAAGAAGUGUCGGUGCAUGAAUUACCCAAAAAAGAGUACGAAUACUAUUACGUUUAUGAGGAAUAUUACGUGGAUGAUCCUACUGAAAUUAUAAAUCAAACAAAGACUGAUAAUAAUAGUAAAAACAACAACAGUAAUAUUCAAAAAGUUUGGCAAAAGCAAAAGCGCGACAAUUCAUUCGAAUACUAUGUUGAGUCAUUAAGUGCUUCACGUGAAUACAGAAAAAAUAUCGCAAAAUAA